UCACUCUGAUCAGUGCUCUGUUGGUACGCAAAACAAAUGAAAACACUCGAAUGCCGACAACAAACAUUUGACGGAUGGUUGACAGAUGGGAGUAGAUUCUAAGUUAACGAGGUUAGGAAUGGCACUCAGUCACUUUUCGUGCACGACUAGCUUCGGUAUCGGUAAUAUUGAGUUACCAGCUAUACGAUGAUAGAAGAAUGCCGCAUACUUGGACGUAUUUUCGUACAGAAUUUUUAGCUACACCAAAAAAGAAAAUAUCUUGCCAAAAGUAUGAUACAUGAAUAUUACAAUGAAGUCUGUAUACAGGUUAGCUGUCUUGUGCCUUGCCUUUGCUGGCUUGAUAUUGCUGCUCAAUUUUACAACAAAUUCUUCAAAAAAACUGACCAAUGAUCAUUUUAAACCCAUCAAAAUUGCCUCUCGAAGUGUCGAGCUUAGUCCUACUGUCAACUCAUUGUCAGAGCAGGAAGUAGUGAUAUGCGUUGUGGCCUGCGGAGAUCGCUUGAGUGAAUCUCUGACCAUGAUGAAAUCAGCUUUAGUUUUUACCAAAAGACCCCUCAAGUUUAUCGUCAUAUCCGACACUGAUUUGAUACCUGCUUUCAAUGAAAAGUUAACCGCAUGGAAGUUAAUGUCAAACAAGACAUUCGACUUUGUAGUCAAACACAUAAAGUUUCCAGAACGAAGCGACGUCAGAAUGUGGAAGAAACUUUUCAAACCUUGCGCAGCCCAGAGAUUAUUUUUACCUACUAUGCUGAUUGACAUUGAUGCGGUUUUGUACGUGGACACAGACACCUUAUUUCUCGCACCUCCAGAAGUAAUCUGGGAUGAAUUCAAGAAGAUGAAUUCCAGCCAGUUGGCUGGCUUAAGUCCUGAGCACGAAGAUCCCAAUACUGGCUGGUACAACAGAUUCGCUAAGCAUCCUUACUAUGGAAAAUUGGGAGUAAACUCUGGUGUGAUGCUAAUGAAUUUGACUAGAAUGAGAGAAUUUCGAUGGAUGGACUACGUGAUUCCCAUCCACAAAGAGUAUCGUUUGAAAAUAACUUGGGGGGACCAGGAUAUCAUAAACAUAAUAUUUUACUACCACCCAGAACGUCUUUACAUUUAUCCAUGCCGCUACAAUUACAGGCCCGACCAUUGCAUGUACAUGUCCGUUUGUACGGAGGCGGAAAAAGAUGGUGCCUUAGUUUUACAUGGUUCCAGAGGAACGUUUCAUUCGCAAAAACAGCCGCCGUUCAAAGCCGUUUUCCGGGCUAUGGAAGAGUAUCAAUUGAACACUGAUCCGGUUGAUAAUUUUUUAAUACCAAUGAAAAAUUAUCUUAAUACCGACGAUAAAUCAAACUGUGGAAAAGUAUGGAAGGUCUUUGUUCUGCAGCCAGAAUUUCAUCUCGAUUCUAGAUCAAGGACACGGAAUUGAUUUCGGCUUAUCAAACUUUCUACCUCUUUUCGAAGGUCACAAUGCAAAAGAGACGAUCGUUGCCCAAAAGCGAAACGCGAGUGAAACUCGUAUUAGGUACUGUAAUUUCAGAGCUGUUGAACACUCCACGUUUAUGUAUUCGUCUUAUUUACGAAGACGAAUAUCGUCGAACUCGAAAUCGAUUUUGAACUUUCCUUUUCCUGCUUCCAAGAGAAAAUCGACCCCUUUUAUAAUGUGAUUUUACAAGAAUCUCGUAAUGUCUACUUGCCAAUAAUUAUUACAGUAUUAUUGGAAAUUUAGUUAGUUAAAAAACUAUUUAUAUACAUCGAUUAGAUUGUUUCAAAACAAUUGUUUCGAUCGUUGGUAACGUUUUUUAGGGUACGGGGACCCAGUAUUUAACGAAAUGCAAAGUUCAAAUUUUUACAGCCAAUUUUUUAUACAUUAUAUAUCGUAAUAUAAUUGUAUAAAUAUACAUAAUUGUACUUGUUAUGUAAACAUGAAUACAAGUAAGAUAGCGUAAGAGAUUAUUUAAUUAGCAAAUCUUCACAAUAAACUAUUAUCAUAAUAAUUAGCAUUACGCAAGAGCGUUUAAAAUUAUGAAAUUACAAUCAAUGCACGAUUGUGCUUUCCCUUUACAUUUAUUAUACUCCUCCAGCCAACUGUUUACUGCACAUUCACCUCUGCGAAAGUAUGCACAUUUUAUACAUACGAAGGCAUAUCUAUACCUACUUGAGUUCCGACAUAUCAACAUUUUUACGUAAAUUUUCAUAUUCAAGUUCAUAACGGUGCUUUUGAAAGGAAUUCUUUUUUUUCUUAAACCCGUAGUAAAACGGGUGUUUAAAAAUUGUCGGAACUUGUAAGCCCGAAUGCAAAAAUGAGGGUAACAGACCGUUAAAAUGUGCUAAUUGGGAACGGUGGAAUUCGGCUUGGAGAGGGGGCAGAGUCAGUUUUAGUGGUGGGGCGAAUACAGUCAGGUGUUACGCUCCUGAGGGCCACGAUGGCAAGUGAUAUUCUGGUUCACAAGGUGCGCUGUUUUACGCGCCAGAAGCUCAACAAGUGUUAUUUUAAUUCAAUUUCUACGAUGUAAUCGAAGAGAUUAAAGUUCGGAAUAAGCUUGUAUAAUCAUCACGUGCGCGAGGAAGAAUCGACUUGUACACACGCGUAAUACCGCGGAUACUGUUAUAAACAAAAAUUGAAUGCCCGUACAUGGGCAUAUUAUAUGUAUAUGCAUAUAUAUUUAUGGAAUGUAAUGAGUCGUGCUGUCAUAUGAGAACACAAAUGCGACAUAUGCAUUGUCAUGAAACCGUAGGUGUUUUCAAACUCUAAAUAUCUACCAGUUGAAAAAAAGAAGAGAGA